AUGCAAAAGAAUACAAUUGAUGCAACUAAAGAUUGGUGGAAUAGUAAAUUACAGAAUCAUCCUGAUGCUGCAAAGUUUUGCAUUCUGGGAAUUGAACCAGAAGUAAAGGAAAAAUUAGAUAAGAUUUUAAUGAACACUGUUGUUAUAGGAGAGCAUGCUUGGACACCUUCAUCUGGAAUAAUUCUGUCUGAGUCUGAAAAACCUUUUAAUGAUACUGAAACCUUACAUGAACAACUUGAGAGUAGUGAUUAUGAUCUAGAGACGCUUAAUAUUGAUAGAUUUUCUAAAGAGAAAAUUAGCAAGAGAUCAACUGAGACACUUGAGAAACAAAAUGAAAAGGCGAAAAAUGAAAAAGGGAAAAUGAAGAAGACCGAGCCUGUAAUGAUAUUUGAACAAAUUGGUCGCCUUGCUGAUGUCGUGGAGACAAGAAGUAGAAAUAUUGAAAUAGCUAGAAAGGAAAAUAGUAUUGCCGAAGUUAUGAAAAUAUUAAAUUAUUUGCUUGAAAUCGAAAAAAGGGAGAAGCUUGUAUUUAUUUGCAACUCUCUUGUUUAUCAUGAAAGAGAAGAGAGAGAUGUUUGCUUCAUUUUGGAAGAACCUGAGUUGAUGCUUACUUGGCUCAAGAAUGAAUAUACUCUGGAAUAA